ACAAACCAUUAAAAAGUCUUGGAUUAAAUUACGCAUGCCUUUAAAAAGAUCACCCUAAAACUUCUGCAACUUUUUUUUUUCCUUUUACGGACUCGGGAGGAAAAGUACAAAAACAUCUGGGAGCCGUUUUUGAUAUAUUUGGGGAAAUAUUUCCAGCAAAAAAAAAAAACCCUCCGAGGACGCGUGCGUAAAAGUGGAGCGUGCUGCGAGAAAUGGAGCGGUUUAUUCCUGCGUGUUACGAUGAAGACAAACACGUCCAGAAAUACACCGCGCGCGUUUCCUAUAUGAAAUAUAAGUGGACACUUUUUUUCACCUUCACUUGAAACAUCAGCCGCUAUUUUGAACAUGACCCUGAUAAGAAGACGCGCCAAAACGCAGCAAACGCUGAUGACUAAAAGCAGACUUUAUUGUUCUUCCAUUGCAAAAAAAAAAAAAAGUGAAAUAUUACGUGGAAUAAAUGAGUGACAAUGUGGUGUAAAUUGUGUGAUCUCCACAAAAUCCUGAUUGAGUGAUGGCGCGGUUGCAAUUUCAAGGAAUUCAUUCCGAGUCCAACAUGGCGAUAAACUACCAAUGUCAAGCCUAUAACGCGCGCGCGCACAUACUUGCACGCGCGCGCGCGCACACACUGGUUGAAAAUCUGUCAAUUUUCUGCCGCGUGGUCACGUGACCCCCGCCUCCGUGGAGUGGAUGGAGAUGGCUCUCCCACGUCAGCUUUACGUCUCCAAAUGUCUGCCUGGCGGACUUGCUUCCAAGAGGCGAAGACGCGCGGCGCUGCAGAGCCAUGCUCCCGGCGGCUGUAGAGCAACCGGAGCCGUGACCGAGGCAAAACCGCCGUGAUGGAUUUCGACGAGAGGGUCCCGGUGGGCUCGAACAUGUACCUCCCCAGCUGCACCUACUACGUGUCGGCGGGCACCGAUUUCUCCGCGCUGCCUUCCUUUUUAUCCCAGAGUCCGUCCGCCCGGCCGGUGACGUACUCGUACUCGUCGAACCUCCCGCAGGUCCAGCCUGUCAGAGAGGUGACGUUCAGGGAGUACGCGGCCAUAGACGCGUCAAGCAAAUGGCCGCACCGGGGCAAUUUGUCGCAGUGCUACCCGGGCGCGGAGGACAUGGUGCACCGGGACUGUCUCUCGGCGCAGACCGCCGACAUGUUCGGCAAAGGCGCCCCGGCCGGCGCGUACCACCACCACCACCACCACCACCACGCCGCCGCCGCCGGCUCCUCCAAUUUCUACGGCAACGUGGGUCGCAACGGCGUCCUGCCGCAAGCCUUCGACCAGUUUUACGAGACGGCGUACGGCGCCGCGUCGGAGAGCCCCGCCGCCGCGCACGCUCCGCACGGCUACGCCGGCGACAAAACGCCCGGCAAGCAGCCCGGUUCGGCCGCGCAAGAGGCGGCGUCGUGCCGGGACUCCGAAGCCAAGGAUCCCCGGGAGGACACGAGCAGCCCCGAGCUGUCUUCCGGCAACAAUGAAGAGAAAUCCUGCAGCAGCGGCAGCAGCAACGGACAGAGGACCCGAAAGAAAAGAUGUCCGUACUCCAAAUAUCAAAUCAGAGAACUGGAGAGAGAGUUCUUCUUCAGCGUCUACAUCAACAAGGAGAAACGUCUGCAGUUGUCGCGGAUGCUCAACCUCACCGACCGCCAAGUGAAGAUCUGGUUCCAGAACCGUCGCAUGAAGGAGAAGAAGCUGAACAGAGACCGAUUGCAAUACUACACAUCCAACCCUCUGCUCUAAUGCCUGGUGCAGGUCAGACAUGGGACUGUUGUUGUUGUUGUUGUUGUUGCUGCACCACAAUGGCUGCCACAGGAGCACUAAAAGACAAGCGUGGUUAAUUUCAAGUUCUCAGACACCUAAAUGGCCAGCUUGAAUGGAGACUUUGCUUCAAUGGACUUUUUAUUGUACUAUUCAGGCUCUUUUUUGUGUGAGAAGAAAAGCCACCGCCGUAUACGCAAUAUUGUGAUUCACGCUUUUUUUUUUUAAACUGACUGAAAUAUUGUAUUUUGUUAUCAAAAAAUGUUGUCAAAUCACGUUAAUAAGUGAAUCCUUGCAAACAUUGGAUGCGACCAAAUGACGUGUCGGGGCAAAUGAGAUUGUUUCAUGUUUUAUUGUGCGUGUGUGUGUGUGUGUGUGUGUGUGUGUAUUUAUUUUGUACCUUUUCAUGUCACAGAUUGUUAUAACAAGCAGGUUAACUUUUUCAAUCUUUUUUGACAAUACCCAAACCCACAAUUGCCCUAUUAAACUUAGUUGUACUUUUUUUUAGUCAAUAUACUGCAGGCCUAACCAGACAUAAGCUCGUCCAUACAUGCCCAAACAACCCCCCCCCCCCCCCCCACACACACACACACAGGUGGAAACAUGCGACACGAACACACCGCGCUCAUUUCUUGUGCUUUGUACUUCCAUGGCUGGUGCAGCCUGAAUAUUGAAAUAAAGACAUCAAGUAAAAGAUAUUUCAUGUAGCUUCAGGGCGAAAAGCUGGUCAGGGUCAACGCAUCGAAUCCCCUGCUUGUUAUACCCCCAAACAAUUGUGUAUCAUACUAUAUUUCCAAAUAAA